AUGCUGAUGGGCGAGCUCGAGAUCGUGAACUUCUCCUUCGCGAGUUUGUGGCACUACAUUCAGGUGCGUCCGAAGGGCAAGGCGGAGCGCACGGAGAAAGCGUACACGUUCCGGGACUCUGGCGUGGAUGCUGCGGGAGAGGACUAUUGGAUGACGUUCUGGUAUCAGCUGGAGGCGUUUGUGGAUGAGAUCAAGGGGAGGAAGCCGCAGACAUGGAUCACGAAGGAAGACUCGAUCUCGAAUAUGGAGUGGAUUGAGAAUGUGUAUGUCAAGGGAGGGUAUGGCCCUCGCCCACGCAGCAGCUUCAAAUUCUCGGAUUAG